UCUUUCCGGUAUCACUAUUAACGAGAUUAGGCGUAGGUAAAUUAAACCAAGAAUAGCGUUAGAUCAUUUCAUCACUAUUCUCUCAACGCUAUAAUGGUGCACAAUUACGGACUCUAAGAAUUUAUACGUAUUAUGUCUUAUCGUUAAUUUAACAUUACAUCAGAGAUCUAUUAUCAUCCUCAUGAUUUCUUUUAUCAUUGUGGGAAUACCAUGUACAAUAGGUGAUCUCUUUAUAUCGGUACUAACGAAUGAUGGAUAAUAUGUACUUCGUAACUUAUAUUACAAAUAAUAAAAAUUACAUCGCGCAAUCGUCGACAUUUUUUUAAUAUUUUAUUAUAUCUUCAUCUUACACGUGUUAGUUAUAGAUUUCAAAUAAUAUCGAUCAUUCAUCACUAAAUUAAUUUAUAUGGAAUUUAUUAGGUUCAAUAAUUCCCUUUAAUAUUUUUUAAUAAGGAAAAAAAUUAAAUUUGCAUUGAAAUUUAUUACAAUAUAAGAUGAAUAUAUUUAUUUUGCACAAGGACUUUCUGAAUACUUUGCUUUAUGAUAAAUCGAUAUUGUAACAGAUGCUCCGAAAUGAUAAAUUAUAAAUAUUUGCUAAUCAGAUAUUUUUCGUUAAGCAUGAUUAUUUCGAUUUCUUAAAACUCAACAAUCGGUCGGUAAGGAAGAGAAGUUAAAAUCGCUUUGAAAGUAGCAAUAAAGGAGGCGUCUCGAGCGUAAUCGUCUUAUAUGUCUCGAACGCACGUAGAUAAUAUAAGAUGAAGAUACGAAUACGAAAGUGACAGCACACUCUGGAAUAUAUUUUAUAAAGGCGAUUACAAUCGUGUCAUCGUUGACUCACAAGGUUUAGUCUCGAAACGAUCGCAGUUCGUGUUGAAACGUAACGUAAUAUAAUCGUUUUUAUUUCUUCCACGUGAUCAUUAAAAUAUGGAAAUAUACAAACUGGAAAAAUACGAAGAGGAAAAGAAAGACUGAAUGAACAACAUAAAUUUUUCCAAUAAUUAAAUGCAACAGUCUGCAGACUACUCGAAGACGAACCAUCAAAGAGAGACGUUAGAAAGAUUUUAUUCGUGAAAAAUUUCAAAACUGAUCGAUAAGAUCGAUAUCAUGACUCGUUGUGAAGCUGACAGAGGCUGGGCUUGGAUGAUCGUUCUCGGUGUCACCAUUAUUAACCUAUCUGUACUGCCGAUUCAACAAUGUUAUGGUCUUAUUUUUGGAAAACGUUUUACGAGUCUCGGUAUCAGCGCAACGCAAACAUCCUUGAUACUUCAUUUAAACGGUACAAUAUGCUGCAGCCUGGGCUUGAUAAGUGGACCCAUGAUGAAAAAAUUCUCAUGUCGCAAAGUCGCUUUUUUUGGUAGUUUUACAAUCGUCAUUGGAAUAUCUACUACGGCAUUCGCUCUUUCUCUUCCUACCAUCAUUGUAGGCUAUUGCGUUAUUAUCGGAAUCGGACAAGGUAUCAUCUAUCCAGCAUCGAGUUUAGCAUUGAACACGUAUUUUAGAAAAAAACGUAAUAUAGCAAUGGGACUUUGCGUAACAUUGACCGGUCUUGGUCCUAUUCUAAUGCCACUUUUAAUAGUGAAGCUUUUAGACGCAUACGCUACUACGGGAACUUUAAUAAUUUUCGCUGGAAUCGCUGCGAAUUCUUUCGUAGGUGCUUGCUUGUUAAGACCGUUCGUAAAUAACGACGGUCUUAACAAAAAAAUAAAAACUGAGGAUUAUAAUGUGAAUAAUGAGGCUACACUGGCAAAUGAAAAUGAAAGUGACGUCGAAAAAUAUGUUGUCGAGUGCCAAUUAUUGAACGACCAAGAACAAAUUAAAAAACAAGAAAGUCUAGAAAAGAUUUUUAAAGAAACAAAGACGAAAACGAAACGUAGUUUUUUUCAAAAGAUCUCGACUAACCUGGAUCUCAUACUUUUACAAGAUUUACGUUAUAUUUUUGUGGUGAUAGGUAUGGGCAUGUCUUUGGUAGCUGAGACGAACUUCAAUGCGUUGAUACCUUUCGUCCUCGAAAAAGUAUCAGGAUUAAAAAUAAAGGAGAUUGCGACUAUAAUGUCUAUCCAAGCUGCCUUUGAUAUCGCUGGACGUCUUUGUGUUCCUCUAAUCGCACAAAAAGCCCAUUGGACUCCAAGAAAUCUUUACGUGAUAUCCUUGAUAGGAUCUACAUUUGGAAGGAUGAUUCUUUGUACCUGGGGUGAUGAUUACGUCGUCGUAAUCCUAGUUGCUGUUAUCGUAGGAAUAGCAAAGGGUACAAAGGCUGUUUUUCAAACUCUGAUCAUACCAGAUUAUGUUCCAUUGGAAAGGUUACCAGCAGCAUCUGGUAUUCAAAUGGUUUGCAAUGGCAUUUUGUCUAUUAUUCUGGGACCAAUCAUAGGCAUGGUACAUGAUUUAACUGGAAGUUACAUUGGUUCUUUGCAUUUCACAUCCGCGAUGAGUAUGUUUUGCGUAUUUUUGUGGCUACUCGGAGGACUUUGGUCUCCUUUUGGUAAACAUGUGAAAGUAAAAAAUAAUGGGAACACGCCGAAUGAGAGAUGUUUGGCGGAAAAUCAGAAUGAAAGUCAGGAUAUUCGAUGAUAUAUUCAGUUUUAUACUAUAAAUUAAAAAAAAAAUCUAUUUCUUCUAAAAACAAAAAAUUCAUAACAUUCGUUACUUCUCGUACAUCAUCUCUUCAGCGCGAAUAUGUGAGAUAUUUCAAUAGAAGAGUAUCUAUAUAUUUGUAUACAAGAAAAGAGUGUUACAAAAAAGAAUUCAAUAUAAUAUUAAAAUGGAAAUUUUUAAAAA